AUGGACAACCGUGAGUCAAAGCUGGUCGACCAGCGCGAAAAGACUCAUGAAUCUGAGGAGCCCUACAACCUCGAGCGAAAUGCGACUCUUGCUCAUGGGGAUGCAUCCGAGCUGAAGAAACGAUUCAGCUCCCUGAACAUCCUUUCUGUCUGUGUGACACUUAUGGCAACAUGGGAGGCAACCGGCGCAGUGUUUGCUGGGGGCCUUGUCGCCGGCGGUCCUGUAGCUCUGCUCUAUGGCUAUAUUCUGGCCCUCCUUGGCACCAUGGCUACAUGCCUUUCUUUGGCAGAACUAGCAUCUUUAUGCCCUGCAAGUGGUGGCCAGAAUGAAUGGACUUAUAUUCUCGCGCCUGAGCGAUUUGCGGCCUUCUUCAGCUGGCUCACUGGCUGGAUCACAACCCUCGGCUGGCUAUCACUUACUGCUAGCGCGGCACUCCUAGGUGGGCUGCAGAUCCAAGGGCUGGCGGUGCUCAAUCACCCCGAAUAUGUCCCUCAAAGAUGGCAUGGAACUUUCAUUUACUGGGCAAUAUUGCUUGUCGCCUACCUGGUCAACACCAUCGGAAUCAAGUUCAUGCCUCUGAUCGAGAAUGGUGUCCUGCUUUUCCACGUCUUGACCUUCCUCGCCGUCCUUAUUCCACUGGUUGUCCUCUCGCCUCAUAAGAGCGCAGAGUACGUUUUCACAUCGUUUGAAAACAACUCUGGUUGGGAAAGCAAUGGCGUGGCAUGGUGCUUGGGCUUGCUCAGUGCCACGUACGUGUUGGUCGGCUAUGAUGGCUCCUGCCAUUUGAGUGAAGAGAUGCACAAUCCUUCCGUGAUACUUCCGCGGGUCAUGAUCGGAACGAUCCUAAUUAAUGGAACACUCGGGCUGGGCUUUCUUUUCGCCCUUCUCUUCUGCCUCGGAGAUGUAGAGUCUGUCCUCACCAGCACUACUGGAUUUCCCAUCAUCCAGAUAUUCUACAAUACGACAGGGUCUACCUCGGCCACCACCGCGUUGAUGAUGCCUUUCAUAAUCGUUGCUGUUGCUUCAACUUUCGGACUGCUUGCAUCUGCAUCAAGGACAUUUUGGGCAUUUGCACGGGACAAAGGACUUCCCUUCUCGACUUUUUUUGCUCAUGUCGACCAGAAUUCGGCACUUCCAAAUCGAAGCAUCGGCUUCAGCAUUCUGUUUCUUGCGUUGCUGGGGCUCAUAAACAUUGGGUCUACUACUGCAUUCAAUGCGAUCGUCUCAUUGUCCGUGGUGGGACUUUACACCUCGUACCUCAUACCAGUGUUGCUUCAUGCAAUACGGCGAGUCCGAGGCCCGCAGCUCAAAUAUGGUCCCUUCCAGCUGGGUGCAUUUGGGCUGCCCCUCAACAUUUUCGCGGUCAUUUACAGCACGUUCAUCGUUAUUUUCUUAUUCUUUCCCCCAUAUAUGCCCGUCACAGCUCAGAACAUGAAUUAUGCAUGCGUUGUGUUUGGCUUCGUGGUUCUUUUCAGCAUAUUUUGGUGGUUUGUACGUGGCAGAACUACGUACUCUGGACCAAUCCACAACGAGUGA